AUGCCUCCAACACAUUGUCUGGGCCAAUUGCCCUUGCGGACCGCCGCCCUCCCCUCGCCAUGCGCCUUCCGCCCCCGCUUUCCGGCUGCAUCCUUCUCGACGUCCGUUGCGAAGCUCAAGAACCCGAAUGUGAAGAAGACCACGUCCACCGCCGGCCCGCCCAAGAAGGGUGUCAAGGGUCUCCGGAUAAAAAAGAGCACUGCUUCCCGGGAGGUAGGCAAGCGGCCAGCCGUCGGCGAGCGCAAGGCCCUGCGCAAGCGCAUCGUUCUGAGCAACACCAACGCACUUGAGAUUCCUGGCCUCCAGGACCUCAAGGCCGAAGACGUGGGGGACUCGGCCAUCCAAGGAAAGGUUGUGGGCAUACCAAUGGACCCUGUCGUCGACCAGCUGCGCGCCGUCGACGCCUUCAAGCCCAACCAGGGGUGGGGGUUGUUCAGACGGCCCGCCAUGCUCGCAAGGCGAGAGACUGUCGAGCUGGGCAGGCUGGUCAGCGCUGUCGAGGCCGAGCCGGGCAAGAAGGUUACAAAGAUUAUUCACGGCGACCGAGCCAGCGGCAAGACCACCCUGCUGCUGCAGGCCAUGAGCAUGGCUUUUCUCAAGGGCUGGGUUGUCAUCAACUUCCCUGACGCCAUGGAACUGACCAUCGGCCACACGGCCUACGCGCCCCUCGAUGGAACGAACCCCGCGCAGUAUGUCCAGAAGAAGUACACUGCUUCUUUGCUCGGCCAGAUCGCCAAAGCCAACGGAAAGGUCUUGGGGAGCCUCAAGCUUGCGCACCAACACACGCUCCCGGCAGCCCUGAAGGGUGACACGCUCCUGGACUUGGCACAACUGGGUGCCGAGGACGCGGAUGUGGCUUGGCCUGCUCUCCAGGCGUUUUGGAAGGAGCUCACCACGCUCAGCAACAAGGAAAAGGCAGAUGAGGGUUUGGCUCGUCCUCCCGUCAUGGUUUGCAUGGACAACCUCUCCUUUAUCAUGAACAACAGCGAGUACCUCGACCGUGAGGCUAACCCCAUCCACGCCCACGAUUUCGUUCUCGUCCGUCACUUCGUCAACCUGCUCAACGGAACCGCGAAGCUCCCGAACGGUGGCAUGGUGCUUGCCGCCACCUCGGGCAGCAAUUCGCCCAAGUCCCAUGCUCUGGACUACGCCAUCGAGACGAUUGAGGCGAGGCAGGCCGGCGUCAAGGAUUUGCCCCAGUGGAACCCGUACAAGAAGAUCGAUGAGCGUAGCCUGAAGGCCUUGUCCAACGCGGACACGCUUAGGGUCAAGGGGCUGACGCGGGACGAGGCCAGAGCCAUCAUUGAGUAUUACGCUCAGAGCGGUAUGAUGAGACGGACGGUGGACGAGAACCUGGUGAGCGAAAAGUGGACGGUAUCGGGUGGUGGUAUCAUUGGUGAGCUUGAGAGGGCGACGGUCAAGUACAGGAUAUGA